UUGUCUUGUUCUAAUCAAAUAUUUAGAACUGAAAUGCAACUAGUUCUUCCGUCUGAUCAUUCAUUAUUGUCUUGUUCUAAUCAAAGAUUUAGUGCUGAAACUAGUUGUUUGCAGCUGAAAUGUCAGACAUGGAUAUGAAACUCCUCAUGAACCAAAAUGUGCAUAUGCAUAUGCCAUUUCAUUUCACCAUAUGAAUUUGGGGUUUUCAAUUUGCAGGUAACAUUUGGGGUGCUGUUCAAUGAUGACAGAUGUGCUAACAUAUUCGAAGCGUUGGUCGGGACGCUACGAGCAGCAAAGAAGAGAAAAAUAGUGACUUAUGAUGGUGAGCUGUUGCUGCAAGGAGUCCAUGAUAAUGUUGAGAUCGUCCUCAAAGCCACUCCAGCAGCAGAAGUUGCAACCACUGCAGCUGCGAAGGCUUGAGUAGUGAUCCAUAUGCAGCAUUUAAAACAGUGUAUGCAUCUUGAAUUUCUAUGUUCCAUUAUCACAAUUUUCAUUUAAUAACAUUUUCUCAAAUUUGCACUAAAGUUGCCUCGCAUUCUAGAUCCAAUACCAUCAAGAACAGCUUUUACUCUUUGAUCAAGAACAGCUUUUACUCUUUGUUCCUUGA